AUGGAUGACUGGGAGGACGAGGAAAUUGCACCGCUUCCAGCAAAAGUUGAACUUAAAAGUAAUUGGGAUGAUGAAGAUGUAGAUGAGAAUGAAAUUAAGGACUCUUGGGAGGAUGAUGAUGAGCCUGCUCUGCCUCCUGUUGUAAAGCCUGUUACCGAGAAGACUCCAAAGAAAGCAGCAUCCAAAACCGUUGAAAAGAAGGGUAAAGCAGCCGAACUUCCGAAGGAAGCAGAAGCACCAAAGGAAGAACCUUUAGAUCCUAUCGCUGAGAAGCUUCGCAUGCAGAGACUUGUUGAGGAGGCGGAUUACAGAGCAACUGCUGAACUCUUUGGAACGAAGAUUGAUGAAAAGAAACUUGAUAUGUUCAUCCCAAAGUCUGAAAGUGAUUUUUCGGAAUAUGCUGAAAUGAUUUCUCAAAAGCUUAAACCAUAUGAGAAAAGUUAUCACUAUAUUGCGCUACUCAAAACAGUCAUGAGACUCUCUGUGGCUAACAUGAAGGCAGCAGAUGUUAAAGAAGUUGCUUCGUCCGUUACAGCGAUAACAAAUGAGAAACUAAAGGUUGAGAAAGAAGCUGCUGCUGGCAAAAAGAAGACUGGUGGGAAGAAGAAACAACUUCUUCUAGAUAAGCCUGAUGAUGAUCUAGUGGCUGGUCCUUAUGAUGCUAUGGACGAUUUCGACUUCAUGUAG